ACACUAGUUAUGCUUAAACUCAUUUUUUACAUUAUUGUUGAAACGGCAGGCAGGCAGGCAAUGUGAGAUUUUUAAUAAAACAGGUGGUUUUAAACAGUAAACUUUUAUAAGCAUGUACCGAAAAAAUUAUUUGAAGUUUUAUUUACUAGUCUCUCCUUUUGACACAUUUAACAGAGUCUUAAUAAAAGAUCGGAGAUUCGAUCAUUAGAGUGUCAUCCUGACGUAAAUUCGCAUUUUCAAAAUUCCAAAAUGCAUUGCAAACAAAAGCGAUUGGGGGAUGUAUGGCGAACAUGCAACAAAAUUCGGGCAGCGAUUUUUCGAAUGGGAAUCAAUCUCCUUGAAUAUUUUAAGCCACUGGAUCCCCACAACAACUGUCUUAUUUCGGAAUCGCAAUUUAUCUCGGUCAUUCGGAGACAACUUGGUGCGACUAUAGGCCUAUCGGAGCAAGAAGUCGCAGAACUAGCCGAUUAUUUUAGGGUACCGGAUGGAAGGAUUUAUUACUCACAACUGUGUGAUGUCAUUAAUGAUAGCGUGCCAGAAUUUAGCAAAAACAAUUCCUUGGUGACCGGGCUAGAAUGGGAAGAUCCGUUGCACACUAAAAGAUUAAGCAUUAGCGAAGAAAGAAGACUAAGCCUGUUAAUCACCAAAAUUGCCUCAUUAGUAAAUAUGAGGAAGUUAAUAUUGAAGCCAUACUUUCAAGAUUAUGAACUGGUUUCUAAAAAUACUGGGACAGUAACCAUAGCCCAUUUUGCAAGGAUCCUUGCCUAUCUAGAUAUUCUUUUAUCUGCUGCUGAUUUCAAUCUAUUGGUAAAGAAGUACCUCAAAGAUAGCUACACUCUAAAUUACGUCGCCUUUAUCCGAGCCAUCGACGAAGUUGUUGGCUAUCUGAACAAACACGGCAUCUUGGAUCUAAGUGGAGACAUUAUGGCGUUAUUUCCAGGCCGAGUGAUCGACGCUGAACUGCCAAAAUUGCCUAGACCAGAAAUAGGUAAUGUCAGCGCUGCCCGAUUGUUCGGGAAGCAAAGUAUUUUCCACCCCGCGCUAAAUGAUCCUAAGACAGUUGAACACAUUCUCACCACAAUAGCCAUGAUCCAAGAACACGUCCUAAGAAACCGAUUGAGAGUCAAUGAAUUUUUUAAACAUUUCGAUUUAUUGAAUUCUGGCAGGAUAACAGUAGACCAGUUCCAUCGAGGCCUUGACGCUCUAGCACUUAGCGGAAAGCAAAGAUUUUUCUUAUCGUUGCCUGACGUUGAUGCCGUAAUCAACCAAUACAGGGAUCCGUGUGACCCCACAAGAGUGUGUUGGAAGACUUUCGAAGAUGAUAUUGACCACGUAUUUACAAUAAAGGAACUGGAAAAAGCACCGAACCUAAAAGUAGAUCCACCACCUCAAGCGGUGAGGGAAUUGCCCAGGUUAGGCGCCAAAAACUGGCAAACUGUUAACACCCGCACCCGAGACUUAUGCGAAGAGGCCGUAUACAAAGUGAAACAGAAAAUAUUACAUAGACGGAUUCUCUUAAAGCCAGUAUUUAAGGAUUUCGACAAGCAUAACAACGGUCACGUGAGUAGAUCCCAAAUGAGGCAAGCAUUAAACUCCAACGGAAUUUUAUUAUCGGACGAAGAACUUUACGCAUUAGAGGAAAGAUUUAAUAACGACAUGGGCUUUAAUUACUUUUGGUUUUUAAGAGAGGUUGAACCCAAGCCUUCGGACGAACCACUGUACGUCAACUUCCUAGCGGAAAUGAAAAAACUGAACGCGGAACCGUCGGGAAAGCAACCCACGCGACACGAAAAAGAUAUCGUUCGCAUACUGGCAAAAAUCAAAGGGAAAGUCGUGAGGGAGCGAAUAAGGGUUCUGGAAUUUUUGAAAGAUUUUGACAAACACAACCAGCAGGUGAUUACGAAAACAAAUUUCAAAAGGGCGUUGGCUAAUUGCAGAUUCGAAUUAACCGAAAAUGAACUGGAUACGCUGCUUGAAGUAUUCGCAUCCCCAUUGAGAUGCGAGUGCGUCGAUUAUCUACGAUUUUCCGACGUCGUGGAAUCAGCGUUCACGCAGCAGUGUCUCGAGAAGGCACCGCUACUCGUUCCUAUCCAGCACAUUCCGACCAAAGAUUGCGAGAAAAAUUUUCUCAAUUUUGAGGAGCGGCUGAUGGUCAGCGUAGCUUUGCAGAACUUGUCUAAGAAGCCCGAUUUGCAAAUGAACUUGUCGUCUGUGCUAAAGGAUUUCGACAAGACUAAUUGCGGCACAGUUUCUAGAACGCACUUCCUUAAAGCUUUGACGCUCAGAGGGAUGUACAAUCUGAUUUCGAGGAACGAAUUCGAGGUCAUUUGCAAGUGUUUCGGCUUCGAGAGAGGAAUGCGUGAUGAAGUGGACUAUAGGGCGUUUAUGAAGGCGCUGGAUAUUUUGCACGCUACCGAUAAAUACAAUCCAUUUUAACAAAUGU